AUGCCUCCUAAGUCGAAGAAAGAGGGUCCAGUCGAGAGGCCCAUCCUCGGUAGAUUCUCCUCGCAUCUUAAGAUCGGUAUUGUCGGCCUGCCCAAUGUCGGCAAGUCAACGCUCUUCAACACGCUAACCAAGCUCUCUAUCCCCGCUGAGAACUUCCCCUUUUGCACCAUCAACCCCAACGAGGCUCGCGUCAAUGUGCCUGACGAGCGAUUUGACUGGCUCUGCCAGCUGUUCAAGCCCAAGAGCGAGGUCUCCGCCUUCCUGGAGGUGAACGACAUUGCAGGGCUGGUGCGCGGAGCUAACGAAGGGGAGGGAUUGGGCAACGCUUUUCUCUCGCACAUCCGGGCCGUUGAUGGCAUUUUCCACGUGUGCCGUGCCUUUGAUGACGCGGACGUGAUUCACGUGGAGGAUACUGUUGAUCCGAUCAGGGACCUGGAGAUCAUUCACAACGAGCUGCGGCUGAAGGACAUUGAGUUCAUGGAGCGAGCCAAGGAGGACUAUGAGAAGCAGCUCAAGCGCAGCAACGACAAGCAGCUCAAAAUCGACCACGAACUGUGCUUGAGGGUUUUGGCGCAUCUGAAUGAGGGCAAGGACGUGCGGCUGGGCGAGUGGAAGGCAGCUGACAUUGAGGUGCUCAACACGUUCCAGCUGCUGUCUGCCAAGCCCGUCGUCUACCUGGUGAAUCUUACGGAGAAGGACUACCAGCGCAAGAAGAACAAGUGGCUCGCCAAGAUCCAUGGCUGGGUGCAGGAGCACGGGCAGGACCCCAUCAUCCCGUUCAGCGGUGUGCUGGAGUCGAAGCUGGCUGACAUGCCGGCUGACGAGGUUGCCACCUACUGCAAGGAGAACGACAUUCAGAGUGGCCUUCCCAAGAUCAUAAAGACGGGGUUUGCAGCCAUCAACCUCAUCUACUUCUUUACAGCAGGGCCUGACGAGGUGAGGUGUUGGCAGAUUCGCAAGCAGACCAAGGCACCGCAAGCAGCAGGGGCCAUCCACACUGAUUUCGAAAAGGGCUUCAUCUGUGCUGAGGUGAUGAAGUUUGAAGAUCUAAAAGAGCUUGGAUCAGAGUCUGCAGUGAAGCAGGAGGUUUCAUUUCGCGUCGCGAAAAUGGCUGCUUCCGCUGCGUUGCUGACGAAUCAGAUCGCUUCACUGAGCAUCAGGUCAUCAGCAUGCCUCAAGUCUGAUUUUGACGGCCGUGCUCUCACACUCUCCUCGCCUCUCGUCGCCGCGGCGCCCUCCAUCCGCCGCCGCGCCGCGGUCGCGUCAGCCGCUCCGCCCGCCGCCGCUGCCGCCGCGGUCUCCGCAGCAGCCCCCGCCGUCGCCGCGUCGCUAGCGCUCGAUGAUGACGUGGACACGUCCAGCCGGCGGUACCCGCCAUUUGCGGCCUUCAGGAUCCACGGCACGGGCAGGAGAAAGACGGCCGUGGCGCGCGUGGGGCUCAUCGAGGGCAACGGGGAAAUUUUCGUGAACGGGCUGCCCCUGAACGAAUAUUUCCAGAACCAGGCGCUCAUGAUCCAGGCUGUGAAGCUGCCGCUCUCCUCUUUGGGCUACGAGGGCAAGUACGAUGUGGUGGUGAAGGCACACGGAGGGGGCCUCAACGCACAGGCCCAGGCCAUGGUUCUGGGUAUCGCUCGUGCUCUCGUUGCUGCCAGCGCUGCCAACCGCCCGCCCCUCAAGGCCCAGGGCAUGCUCACGCGUGAUGCUCGCUCGGUAGAGCGCAAAAAGUAUGGGCUCAAGAAGGCCCGCAAGGCCCCCCAGUUCUCCAAGCGUUAA